AUGUCGGUCAAUGCACAAGUGCAUCUCAAAAAUGAAAAUAAUAAAAAGAAUGAUAAAGCCUUAAAACCUUUGUUUCCAAAACAAGCAGAGUGUUCAUAUGUGUCUUGUUAUUGUGAAGAGAACGUCUGGAAGUUGUGUCAAGAUGUAUCGUUAAGGGUACCUGGGGAGCUGGAUAGAUGCUACGUGGUUUUCAUUUCUAAUCCUUGCCGCACGGUACCAUUGUGGAAACAAAGGGCUGGGCGCGAGGAAGAUCGUCUAGUCAUUUGGGAUUAUCAUGUAAUAUUUCUUUAUUCUAUUGACUGCAAAACAUGCCUUGUAUAUGAUUUGGACUCUGAACUUCCGUUUCCAACUUUCUUCCACAAAUAUGUCACAGAAACUUUUCGUACAGAUCAAGUUUUAAAGUCUGAUUUCCACAGAUUCUUCCGUGUAGUUCCUGCAAAGCAAUUUUUGCAGCAUUUUGCAUCAGACAGACGUCAUAUGAAGAGGCCUGAUGGUUCUUGGAUCAAACCACCUCCCCCUUACUCUGCUAUCUGCACUACUUCUUCAACUCACAACUUAGAUGAGUACAUCAAUAUGGAUUUAGAGUUGGGUCCGGGUCAAGUUUUUAAUUUAACUGAUUUUGUACAGCGUUUCUACAAAAUUGAAAAG